CAAUUCAGGUUGCCAUAUCAAAUCAAGAAACUCAAUACACAAAGCUUUUUCUUUUCUAAUACCCUUCACAAAUACUUUUUUCCAAUACAAAUCCUCACCAAAGACUUAAACAUUAUGGAUAUGGUGAUGAAGUUGGGAGCACAAAGUCCUGUAGUUAUUUUUAGCAGAAGUACUUGUUGCAUAUCUCACACUAUUGAAACGUUAAUCCGAAAUUUCGGAGCAAAUCCUACAAUUUAUGAGCUUGAUAGACUUCAGAAUGGGAGGGAAUUGGAAAGGGCAUUGAUUGAAUUAGGGUGUCAACCAAGUUUUCCUGCUGUGUUCAUUGGAAAUGAAUUGGUUGGUGGUUCUAAUGAAAUCAUGAGUCUCAACAUUAGAGGCAAACUCAAGCAAUUGCUCAUUAGGGCUAAUGCAAUUUGGGUAUAGAAAUACUAAUUCUUUUGCUAGCUGAAAAGUCUAGGUCAAGAUGUCAUUUUUGGGCAGUGAUAUACCUAGCUAUUGAGUUUUUUUUCUUUCUAAUAUAUGCAAUGUUUGUUUCCUUAUCUCCAAUUUUGUUGUUGAUGUAAUAAUAAAGGUGUCUUUUGGCCAUAGUGAUCACUUUCUACAUUACUAGUUCAUAUCCAUAUGCUAAAGUUAAUUCU